AUGGAGCCUCAGUUGCCUCCUCUGUCAAAUACGGGAGCAGGACUCACAAAUGACCUCAAAAACUGCCCCCCUCUCCCCCAGUCAAUUCCGAGAAAACGGCAGCCCCAGGAGGAAGAGCUCGGGAAAGGCGCCUCCACCCCCGCUGUGCCCGAGCGGGAACAAUGGGCACGUUACAGGCUCUGGGGCCCAGCUGCCCAGCCCUCCGUGCCCCAAGCUCAGAUCCUCAAGGAGACCCAGGCUGGGAACGUGGCCUCUUCCAGCGGCUCUGGCCGGCUCUUCCUCUUCUCACCCCAGGCAAGUGAGCCAAUGACUCCAACCCCGGAAUGCCCAAUGUCCGUGCAGCCCCCCAGUGCCCGCCUGCCUCCCUCCCCCAGCGACGAAGGGCCCGAGCCUGCCCCCCACAGGCCGGGCAGGGACUUUCUCAGGGGCCCAGAGUCCCCGCCAUGGACAUUAAAAAGGGGCCCUGGCGUCUCACCCCCCUCCUCUCGGUCCAGAGGGAAAGAACCUGGCUCUGGAGCCGAGGAACUGCUCCGGACAGGGAGGCCCCCGGGACGCUGCAGCCCCCGCCGGCCUGGGCCCGCCGUGGGGUCAGCCGCAGCUCACGCGCUCCCCACGUCAGGGCCUUUCCCGCCUGAGCCGCUCUUCCUGGGGAGGCCUCCCUUCCUGGGGAAGCGCUCGGAAGGCAGGAUGUGGCCCAUCAGCCCCUGCUCGGGUCCCCACGGACCCUCGGGAGGAGGGAGCAUCGGCAAGUCGGAGCCAAGCUCACUUCUCAUCAAUUCCCGGCAAAAUCCGGGGGAAAGCAGCUCAGGAAAACUCCAAGGGAGCCCCACGUGGGGCCGCGGCCGGGGCUGGGCCGGAGACGGUGCCUGCACGGCGGGAGCAACGAUGGGGCUCCUGCUCCUGCCCUCAAAAGGCCCCCAAGUUCGGGUGCCCGGCCUCCUCGCCUCCACAUGGGCAGUCCCAGAGGCCUCCCGGAGUCUCUUUCCCAGAAUGCCAAGCUUCCUCCACAUGGCUCAGAUCAAGGGUCACUUGCCUCCUACACCGGACCCACCCCCACAAAGCCAGGCAAAGCCACGCCGUGCCCCGGAUCAUAAAGGGGCGCUCAGCGUGGCACGAAGCCCGGAGAGCGGGCGCUGCAGCCGGCAAAGGCCCGGGACGGGCCGGAGGCCCAAGAGAGCUCGGGGGGCCAGAGCCGGCAAAGGCCCGGGACGGGCCGGAGGCCCAAGAGAGCUCGGGGGGCCAGAGACGGGCCGGAGGCCCAAGAGAGCUCGGGGGGCCAGAGCCGGGCCGGAGGCCCAAGAGAGCUUGGGGGGCCAGAGACGGGCCGGAGACCCAAGAGAGCUCGGCGUCUCCUGCAGGACUGGAAGCCACAGAGAGCGGGACGAUGGGUGCUGGGGGGGAGGGGCACCAGAGAGCGUGGAAGCCCAGGGACAAGCCCCUCCCCCACUGUGGGGAGCCUGCCCCCGGGGCUCGGGUCUGCGCCCUGCAAAGGGUGCGCGCUCGGGAGGCGCGCACACGGGAGGCGCGCGCUCGGGAGGCGCGGCACGGGAGGCGCGAGCACGGGAGGCGCGCACACGGGAGGUGCGCGCAGGGGAGGCGGCUCCCCGAGGAGCGGAUUCGUUUUGCGGAUCGCCGCUUCCGGACUACCGGGAAGAGGGAACAGCAACUAUGGGGAGAAACAAAGGGGGGGGCGUAAAGGAGCCCCUCAGAGAGUGCUGGGGUGACCACGUGGGGCCUUCGCGCGGCCAGGCCCCGGAAAGCUCCUCGAGGUCCGUCUGUGGUCCUGGUGGCGGGAACGGCCGACUAGGCCCGGGGCAGGGGCGGGAGGCUGGGGCACAGCUGGGGGCCCCCUCCGGCCGCCCUGUCCUUCCACAGACCACGCCGGAGGGCACGCGCUGCCCUCCGUCAGCCAAGGGCGUCAGGCUGGGGCUGUGCUCACGUCUCCAGGCCCUGCGGCUCCCACUGCCAGGGGGCAGGAGCCUGCGCCCGGCUAAGGAUUAG